GCAAACCCCACCUCUGCAAAGGCCUUGGCGGGGAGCGCGCGCAUGCGCACUCGCCUCCCGCAGCCGGGUCUGGAGGACGCAUCAGGGCAUACGGACUCCCGGGUGGCAAUCGCCAUGAGUGACAUUUCCAAGGAUUCCUUGAAGGCCAUACUGUUGGAAUUAGAAUGUCACUUCACAUGGAAUUUACUUAAGAAAGACAUUGAUCUAUUUGAAGUGGAAGAUACAAUUGGACAGCAGCUUGAAUUUCUUACCACAAAAUCCAGACUUGCUCUUUAUAACCUACUGGCGUAUGUUAAACACCUAAAAGGCCAAAACAAAGAUGCCCUCAAGUGCUUGGAACAAGCAGAAGCAAUAAUCCAGCAAGAACACGCAGAUGAAAAGGAAGUCCGAAGUCUGGUCACUUGGGGAAACUAUGCCUGGGUGUCUUACCGUAUGGGCCAGUUUGAAGAGGUUCAGAAGUACAUAGACCAGGUAGGAAAUGUCUGCAAAAAAUUGUCCAGUCCUUCUAAGUAUAAGCUGCAGUGUCCUGCGAUUGACUGUGAGAAAGGAUGGGCACUUUUGAAAUUUGGAGGGAAGUAUUACCAAAAAGCUAAAGUCGCUUUUGAGAAGGCUCUGGAAGCAGAACCUGACAAUCCAGAAUUUAACAUAGGCUAUGCCAUCACAGUUUAUCGGCUGGAUAAUUUUGACGGGGAAGGGUCUAUAAAGAGUUUUUCUCUGGGACCGCUGAGGAAAGCUGUUGCCCUUAACCCACAUGACACCUACAUUAAGGUUUUCCUGGCACUGAAGCUUCAAGAUGUACAUGCAGAGGCUGAAGGGGAAAGGUACAUCGAAGAAAUUCUGGAACAAACAUCUCAGCCUUAUGUCCUUCGCUAUGCAGCCAAAUUCUACAGGAGAAAAAAGGCCUGGGACAAAGCUCUCCAACUGUUGAAAAAGGCCGUGGAGGCGACACCAAACUCUUCUUUCCUGCAUCACCAGAUGGGACUUUGCUACCGGGCACAAAUGAUCCAAAUCAAGAAGGCCACACGUAAUAGACCUAAAGGAAAGGAUAAGCUGAAGGUUGAUGAGCUGAUAGCAUCCGCUAUAUUUCAUUUCAGAGCAGCAGUGGAGCAAGACUCUAUGUUUGUAUUUGCCUACCUGGACCUGGCCAGCAUGUAUGCUGAAGGAGGCCGGCACAGCAAUGCUGAAGACAUUUUCCAGAAAGCCCUUUCUCUAGAGCACAUAACCGAUGAUCACAAACAGCAGAUCCACUACCACUAUGGCCGCUUUCAGGAAUUUCACCGUAAGUCAGACUAUGCUGCCAUCCAUCAUUAUUUAGAAGCCUUAAAGGUCAAACAUGGGUCAUCCCUACACAUGAAACUGACAAGUGCUCUGAAGAAACUGGCUACCAAGAGACUCUGUCACAAUGCUUCAGAUGUGCAGAGUUUAAGUGCCCUAGGGUUUGUUUACAAGCUUGAAGGAGAUAAGAGACAAGCUGCUGAAUAUUACCAGAAAGCCCAAAAGAUAGAUCCUGAAAACGCAGAAUUCCUUACUGCUCUCUGUGAGCUCCAGCUCUCCGUUUAAAUACAUAUAGAAGGAGAUAAGCAGUACUAAGCCCGCCCCUCCAUUUUGGGUUCUUAUAUCUUUGUUUUAAUCCAUUGGUCAUUAUAGAAUCAAUUUUGAUUAGUUACAUUGUACUGGGCCUGGUAUUGUAUACUUCCUGUACAUUAUGAUGAAUCUUCUGUUUUUUUUUUUUUUUUUUUUUCUGUCCCCCUACCCUAGUUGAAAUACUGUAAUCCACUGAAAAACAUCAAAAACAGUUCAGCUGUUUGGUCAUUAUGACUUUAUCCCUGCUAUUUAUAAUAAUUUUAUGAUUAAGUUUUUAUCAGACUUCUCAUAUUUAUUCUGUGAGUUUAAUCCUACCUUUGAUACUUAGGUCAAAGACAGUCUUUCAGGAGUGCAAAAUUUUAACAGUUAAGCUGUUAACUAUGUGGCUUACAAAAGAUAAAACUUUCCAGUUACACACGUUUUAUUUUGAUGAGGAUAUUUAACUACCAGCCUAAUAGUCACCUAAAGAAUCUUCUUUGUUGGAACAAAUAAGUUCAUGGUAAAAAGUUUCUCACUUCUAGUGACUUCAAUAAAAGGAGGGGAAAAUAGAAUAGGAGAAAAAAGAUUACCUCAAAUUUUAAAUAAUACAAAACUUCAGGGAUCCAUGAGAAAUGUUUCCAAAUGUUCAUUAAGUAGCUUGAAAUUAGGGGAAAAAAUGAAUAAUGGAAACUUACUAGUCCUAAAUUUGUGUUUUUAAACUAGAAAAAUAAAGCUAUAAUAAAUAGAAAAGAUGGAAUUAAUCUUAUUCCUUUCAUUUAAAAAUGGCAGUAUUUUUAGGUUAAAUCAUUGUAGCCCAAAUGAGAAAUUGGGAGAAAUUAUAAACAAGUGGAAAAAUUAGAUGUUCCUAACCUAUACCUCUGGAUUGCCAAAAUUUCAGUGUAUUAAGUUUGGGUCUAGACUGGUUAGAGAGUUCUCAUACCCCCAAUGUCUGGCCUUUGAUUAACUGUUUUGGUAUUCUAAAUUGAUUUUUGUGAAGCUUUUUAAGUCUGUUGUUUCCAUAAUGUCGUUUUUUUCCUGUAGAUCUUGGAUAAGCUUGGCAUUCAGUUUUAAUAUCCACCGUGACAAGUACACACUUUUCAGACAAGUCUUAUCCCAGAGGACUUCUUAAAUUGAGAUGUUAAACGUGGCCUUUCUAAUGCUUGUGUAUAGACUUCACAAGUAUAUACCACCACAGUUAUUAGUAGUUAUUAGUAGAAAAGCAUUCCAUGUGAUUUAAUAUCGCAUUUUUCUAUUGUAGCUUUUAAAAUUGUGUGUUUUUAACUUUUUGUUACUACUUAUUUUUUAAAUUUCUAUUGUGUUUUUGAUAGUUAUAAAGUGAAUUUUUCUAAAAAAUUUUCAAAUAAUAUACAAAUAUAUUAAUUUAAAGGCAGUCCAUGCUCCUUACCCUAUCCCAACUCUGUAUCUUAACUCUAUAAUAAAGGAAAACUUGCUAUGUAUUCUUCUGUAUCUUUUUUCUUUUU